CUUGCUUGUAUGGUUUUAAGCUUCUGAAAAGUCGAGUCGUCGUACUUUUUGUUGCCGGUACAUCUCGGGUGUUCCUGAUCUGUUUUGGAAUUCAUUACUUGUUUGUUCUUAACCCAUGCUAAUUCAUUUUCUUCCAUAAUCAAGUCUUCUCAUACUUGUGGCAUAUGCAUCCCUUUUAAUAUUAUUUGUUGAAUAGAAACUUCUAAUCUUUUGUUAUCAAAAAAAAAUCUUCUAAUCUUUUACUGCAACAAUUUUGUUUCAGGUACUUUGGACAUUGUAUCAAUUAUGCAGUUGUAGCAUCUGUGCUGUUGGGUGCUGCUGUUUCACAGCAUUUAUCAGUUACAGACCCAUUAGCAGCUAGACGAGAUGCCUUGCAGAGCACAGUUAUCUACCUUAGAGAAGGUUUCUGCAGAAAAGACCAAAAUAGCUCCGCAAGCUCUUCUGAGGGGUGUGGCUCAAGUGUUAAACGCAGUAGUAGUGUUGAUGCUGGUCAUCUUGGUAAUGCAACUGUGCCUUGCACUGGUGAUGGCAGUACCUGGAAUAACAUUGAGGGGAUUAAUAGUGAUAAGAGCAUAGACAGUGGAAGACCAAGUCUAGCUCUACGUAGUAGUUCCUGUCGUUUAGUUGUUCAAGAGCCUGAAGUAGGAUCAUCAUUUGUUCUAGCAGUGUCCUUGAAAGCCAAGGCGGUGAUUCUAGUACAUCCACUUUUGCAAAUCAACAGAUACUGGACUUGAAUUUGGCACUUGCAUUUCAAGAAAAGUUGAGUGAUCCCAGGAUUACAUCUAUGUUAAAGCGGAAAGGAAGACACACUGAUCGUGAAUUAGCUAAUUUAUUGCAAGAUAAAGGGCUUGAUGCUAAUUUUGCAGUGAUGCUGAAGGAGAGUGGAUUGGACCCAAUGAUUCUAGCCUUGUUGCAGAGAAGUAGUUUGGACGCUGAUCGAGAACAUCGUGACAGUAACCCUCCUGUCACUGAUUCAAAUGGUGUUGAGGAUGUGUUACCUAAUCAUAUUUCAUUCUCGGAAGAACUUAGACUCCAAGGAUUAGGAAAGUGGCUUCAACGUUGUAGAGUAAUGUUGCAUCAUGUAGCAGGAACUCCAGAGCGAGCAUGGCUUCUUUUCAGUUUAACCUUCAUUCUUGAAACCGUCGUUGUGGCUAUCUUCCGACCAAAGACAAUAAAACUUUUGAAUGCUACACACCAACAGUUUGAAUUUGGCAUCGCGGUUCUCCUUUUGUCUCCUGUUGUCUGUUCGAUUACCCGUUUAUCGGAUUUCGACAAAUCUUAUAUCGUUGGAAAGAUUAUUCAAUUAUCUACAAUUUGGUAUAUAGUAGACCACCCAGUUCAUCAUAUACAGUGAUUUAUGAUCGAUUUAAGUUGACCAAAGUUUCAACGUUCACUAAAACUUGAACGAUAGGAAAGUUCUCAACUCGUCCUUGAGUUAAGGGACUUCUAUGAUCUCAAUUCAUGCUCAAAUAGAUUCACACACUACAUAAUUGAUUACACACUAAUUUUCAUAGGAUUCAUGGAUUUUGCAACCUCUAUGUGAAAGAUUAACGGUUUACGUUCUAGCCCGAAAUACGGGG